AACUGCGUAGCUUUGUUAGAUCCAGGUAGCAUACGUUUUGAAAAUGGACAUGUCGGCAAGAUAGCCCUAUCGGGGUACCUACGGUGGCAAACUACGGUGUGAGGCCUGGCCCAGAUCAAAUAACAAACUGCGAUGGCCUCAACGUGGAUAUCGAAGACGCUUGUUCACAGUGGAGUUGUGGAUCACGUCGUCUGCGGCCAUUUCAUAGCUGCACAGGCGGAGCAAUGUCAGGUGGUUCUCUCGCACGCCGGAAGCGGGUUGGAGUUGCUGGCGGUGGAGCCCUCAGGUGCAGCAGUCAGCAUCUUCAUGCAACCACUUCAGCGCGGUGACGUUGUACAGGACAUGCGCGUGUUGCGCGGAGGCAUCGACGCUAGCCAUCCCGCUGCCCCCACCACCACCGCCACCGCCUGCUGCCACCCCGCCAGCGGAGCAGCGGUCGGCCCCCCUGCGGACCUGCUGGCGGUGCUGCUGGGGUCGGGCCGCCUGACGCUGCUGGGGUACGAUGCGGAGUGCAACAGGUUCCAAUCGCUCCAGGAGGUGCUCCUGGUGCCGCCGGGCACCCCGCCUCGCUUCAUGCCGCGGUUGCUGGCGGUGGGCUCGAGCGGCAGGCUGGGGCUGGCGGCGGCGGCAUUCCAGGACCACAUACUCUACCUGCCGCCCGCAGCAGCAGCAGGGGUGGCAGCGGCAGGAGCAGCAGUGAAAGAAACGGCGGUGGCUGGGGCAGCGGCAACAGGGACGCAAAGUAAGGCGGCGGAGGCGAUGGCCCCUGUGGAUACGGCGAUGGCAGAAGGGGAGGAGGAGGAGCAGGGGGAGGCGGCCGCUGCGGCCGCUGCUUCCCAAGCGGGCGAUGGUACCACUGCUGCCCAUGUCGCUGCCAGCGGCUCCGCUGGGGGCGGGAUGGCUGAGGGCGCAAUGCAGCGCAGCAGCAGCAGUGUGCCGGUGCUGCUGCUGGGGCCGCCGGUGGCCUACCAGCACCACCCGCGCCACCCGCACCAGAGGGAGGCGGGCCACAGCUGCAGACUGGGUAGCAGUGCCGGCAGUGGCCGUCCGGAAGCGGGAGGAGGAGCGGCAGCAGCAGAUGGAGAUGCACCUCCGGAGCCGCGUCUCACCGCCGGACCGGUACCUGGGGCGCCCCCUCGCAACCUGCGGCGAGCAACGGCCGAAGCGCUGGCAGCUGGUGUUGGCAGUGACCCACGGGUCACCACGUCCGGCGGCUUUGGCGGCUUUCAAGUGUCGCCCUCGGUGCUCCCGCUUCCCCUGGAGCCGGGUUGCGGAGCGAUCUGGGACAUGGCGAUCUUGGAGGGACCCGGCGGGUCGGCGGCGGCGGCUGGCGGGGCAGUCCGGGGGCGGAGGAGCAGUGGCAAGGAUGAGGGCGUGAAGGAGGCAGCGGAGGUGGCGGUGGAGGCGGCUGGCGACGGGGCCGCACUGGAUGUGGGAGGAGUGCGUAUCGCGGUGCUGGUGCAGCGGUCCAGCUGCGGGGCGGGGGAGGUGCUGCUGCUGCGCUGGAGCCGCUCCGCCGCCCUCCUGCAGUGCUGCCUGGUGCUGAGGCUGGGAGGGCUGGAAAGAGCAGGCGCAGGGUUGGGUGUGGAGUCAGGCAGUGGCAGCGGCGGCGGGCGGGCACCCCUGGGCUCGCCCCACCUGCUGCGCGCCACGCCCCCACUGCCGCAACAGCAGCGGCAGCAGCAGCAGCGGAAGGAGCAGGGCGGGCUCUCACCAGACGCUUCAGGUCUGAUGGUGCUAGGUACGCAUGGAGCGCUCUUCCUGCAGACCGCACUGCUCCUGCAGCACAGCGCCGCCGGGACCCAUACACAUACCCAGGACACCAACCUCGCCCCACGCUCCCCAACGCACGCUGGCAGCGGUGACGCUACCGACCUAGAUGCCGCUGCUGCAUCUGCCGCACCGGAGCCCGCGGCGGCUGGCGGUGCCGGUGACGGUGGUGGUGCCGCCUCCGCCGCUGUGCCGCCGGCGCUGCCUGCAUCGCAGCUGCCGCCUCCGCCUCCUCCAGUGUUGUACCUGGGGGAUCUGUUGGCUUCUUGCGGCGCUGGGGAGGAGGAGGGGACAGCGGCUCAACGCGGGGAUGCGGGCACGACAAGGGGCACGCCAGCGGCCCGGAGCGGCGGCAGCGGCGGUGCUGCAGGGGGAAGCGGUGCUGCUGGCGGUAUUGGUAGCAAGGGAACCGCGACUCGUUUCUUCUCCGGCCUACACCAGGAGGAGCUGGCGACGGGGCGAGUGACGUCGCGGCGGCGGCACCAGCAGCAGCAAGCAUCCAACAGCGGUCGGUUUCCCUCGGCGGCGACGGGUCGGGGCUGGUCGUACCUGCGAUUCUCCGAUUUGCACUUUAGCGCCGCCGCUGCUGCUGCCGCCGCCGCCGUGGCGGCUGCUACUACCGGCACUACUGCUACUGGUCAUGGUUCUGAGGCGGCUGCGGCAGGCUGGCCAGGUAGUGCGGAGGAGGCCCUCGGGGGCGGCACUGCAGCGAACAUGGACAUGGAUGUGGAGGUGGACAUGGAGGUGGAUGAGGAUGCGGAUGACGGCGCUGCUGCUGCUGCCGGUCCCCGCCGCGGGAGCAGCAGCAGGGCUGCUGGACGGAGCAGCCGGGGCUCCACGCCCCGUGACGCCAUGGGUGGGGAAGGGGGAGCAGCAGUCGCAGCCGGAGGUGCGGGAGGAGGCGGUGGCUUGAGCUUGUUACUUCGCCGGUACGGUUUUGGCAGCCACCGUCGCAGCGGCGAGGUCAGCGGCUACCGUCCCCCCGGACGUCCCUUCGGCAGCGGCAGCAGCUCGCGUGACGGCGCAGGCCCCAGCAGCGGUUUUACACGGCACCACCACCAUCACCAGCUGCCGUACCCGCAGCGGCAGCAGCAGAGGCGAGGUGACGAGGACAGGGAUGCAGACGGCUUGUGGCAGGCGUUUGCGCGGCCGCUGUCCGCUGCAGGAACCUUCCGGCGGGCAGGAGCGGGGGCAGGAGCAGGUGGAGGGAGGGGAGGCGCCCACACCAUGGAGCUGGACUGGCGGCAGCUGGGCGGGGCCGGGCUGUACGACCAUGAGCCGUACGACACGGAGGCUGUCGUACAUGAGAUGCUGGUGCCGCUGCUGGAGGAGCAGGACAUCCGCGGGGGGCAGCCGCUGCAGCCGCUGCAACAGGCGGCCCCCGUCAUGGGAGUGGAGAGGAUGCCGCUGCCGCAGCCCUCGCAGCCCGGCCACAUCCUGACGGCCGCGGAGUGGCUGCCGCCGGCACCAACGGGGCACAUCGGAGGCGGCGGCGGCCGCGCCGGUAGCUCCAAGUCACCCGCCUCGGAUCCGCAAUCCCGUACCUCACACGGAAGCGCCUGUCGUCGCCUAAUGGUUUGUUCCGCUGGAGGCGCUGCUCUGUGUCUGACGGUGGGCGUGAUGAUGGCACAGGCUGCGGAGGGGGCGGAGGCAGCGGCCGCGACAGCCUUUGAUGCCGGUAUGACCUCGGCCGCAGCGACAGGGGCGGAUGGGGAUGGUGAUGCAUCCAUGCGCUUAGCUCAGGCGGAAGAUGAGGAUGUGUGCAUGGGUGAGGUGGGAGGGACGGCUGUUGCGCAUGCGGUGGGGUUAAGUGACGGCGGCGGUGGCGGCGGCAAGGAGAGCCAGCUGUGUAGGGUCCAGCUGAAUGCGGUUCCCUGCUCGUUGCCGGGAGCAGCAGCAGCAGCGGCGGCGGUGGCGGUGGCAAGGGCUGCGGCGGUUGCAGGUGUCACCGAUGGUGCUGGCAUCGGCGGCGGGCCCUUGUUGCGUCCAGCUCGCGCGCUAGCGGUGCUGCCGCCGCCCCAGUGCUGCAGCCGGAGGCGCACCCGUGGCAUGCUGGUGUGGGCGGAGGAGGGCGGUGACGUGGUCAUUGUGCGUCACAAGCAACGAGGGCUGCAGCAACCUGCCUCGGAUCAGCAGCAACAGCAGCAGCAGCGGCGGGGGUUGAAGCCUGUUCGGCAAACGGAAGACGUCGCCGCCGUCGGCUCCGCUGCGGCGGCGGCGGCUGCUCCCAGGCCGCGUCGCACUGUCUCGGCGGGGCAGCCCAGCGGCGCCGCGGGUGUCAGAGGCGGCAGUGUGAGCCUCAACGGGGGCGGGCGACUGCUGUCGGGUCCCGCGGACUCCGCGUCGGCGGCCUGCGCCCGCCCGCCGGGUUCCGUCGCCGUACGACUGGGUGGAGCCAUCCUCGCCAACAUGGAGGUAGACGAGCGGCUAAGACUGCCGCCGCCAUCGCGCUUAACGGGGGUGGCAGGUGUGGCAGGACGCCCAGGGUUGGCGGCGGCGGCGGCGGCGGGGCCGUCAGCACCCUCCCUGCCGCCGUCGCUGCCUGAGGCGGCGGCAGCGGCGGCGGCAGCGGUAUUGUCGCUGCGGGUGCUGUGGCGGACCGCGCAGCCUCGGCCCAUGGUGGACUUUGUGGUGUCGGAGGCGGCGGCGGGGGUGCAGGGGCGCGCUCGUGCGCUGCAGGUCACAGGAGCGAUCUUGGACCUGCCCGGGGUGGCUGGGGCCAGCGGCGGCACCGCUGACUGGCCUGCCUCUCUGGAGGGGCUCCCAGGCCGCAGUGGUCGCAGUGGGGGUCCGCCGCUGCAGGUGUUGCGCACGUGCCUCGCUGCGCCGGUGCUGGCGCGGGUGCCCGGGCAGGGGGACACGCCCACAGGCGUCUGGUCCAUCCCGCUGCACCAGCAGCCGCUACACCACCACCACCACCACCCCAGCCACCCGCCGGGCACCUCGGCACCCCCGCACGCACCCUACCCGCCAGCCGGCCACACGCCCGCAACCCCAGCGGCCUCAUCAUCAUCAUCAGCAGCAGCACCCCCUGGCGGCAGCCUGGUGGUCAUGUCCUUCCUGGGCGGCUCACGCGCCCUGGCUCCCUACCUAGACCUCCCACCUGCUGCUGGUGCUGGUACUGCGGAGGGAGGCGGCGGCGGCGAGCUGGAAGCGGGGGCGGCGCCCUCGCCUGCAGCCUCAGUAGCGGGGGCUGCAGCGGGGCCGGCAGCGGCGGGGGCUGCUGCUGCUGCCCCUGCCGUGCCGCCGCGGCCCUGCUUGCGCGAUGUGAGCGAGGCGCUGCAGCUGCGGUGCUGGGAGCCCACGCUGGUGGCGGGG